AAAGCACACAUUAUUGGUCUGCCACUGCCCAGACAGUGAGAAAUCAGAAGUUUAUCAACGGAAGGAAACUCUGGUUUCCAUGGAAGAAGAAGCUGAAUCACUCGAGGAAGUCAUGCCAAACGUCGUCGUUAAUGAGAUUAAUGGAGAUAUCUUCGCCGAUAACGAUGUUUCAUAUCUGGGAUCCGUUGAAACCCUUGAUUUUCUUUCCCAGAAAAUUUUCCAGAACUGUUUCCUACGAAUGCCGGCUUCUGAAAUAAAUACACCAAAUCUUGCUCCAUCCCAACUCACCAUCUUCUAUGGCGGAAGAGUUUGUGUAUUUGAUGCAAUUCCUGCGGAAAAGAUGCAGGAGAUUAUGCUUAUUGCUACCACUGCUGCCGCUGCCGCUGGUAAUACUGUUGACAUGAAGGAGGCUGCCACUGAUGGUGCCACCACCUUGGCAUUGCCCGGUCAGUUGUAUCCACGUCUUAGGAAUUCUCUUUGCAAACCGCAUGCUGAAAUACCAAUUGCAAGGAGACACUCCCUUCAGCGCUUUCUUGAGAAGCGGCGGGACAGGCUGGUGAACAAGAACCAAUAUCCUGGACCAUCAAUGCCAAAAAUGGGUGAUGACGCCAAAGCCAACCUCAGCGCUGCUACUUCACCAGAGUCUGUCUGCUUUGGGACAUCACCCGUUCAUCAAGAACAGCUCCAACCAAAAGCUCCAACUCAUGUUGCCUAAGCUAAGCAUAUAGGAUUCCUUGUAUAUAUAAAUAUAUAUAUAUAUAUAUAUAUGAUAAACUAAAACCUAGCCGAGUUACUACAGUAAAAUGCAAAGUGCACUAGAAUGCAUCUUAUCUGCCUUUGGAGUUGAUGCUGAUGGCAAGUAUUAAACAGGUCUUAUGAUAGAUGUGGCUAUCCACUUAGUUU